AUGGCGCAAAUGGGUUCCGCACUGCCGCAAGCAAGUACAAACGGCGAGGCAGUCGGUCACAUUGUCAUUCUGAAAGAAGGUCUAGACAAAGGCCACCUUGACGAGCAUCUUAAAGCUGUUAAAGGUGUCCAGAAGCGAAGUGAUCGUGAUGACACUAGCGAGACUGGCGUUAAGCAUAUCAUCGACGGUAUCAUCUACGGAUUCCAAGGCUACACCGGAGUAUUCACGCCCGAGGAACUUAAGUUUAUCAAAGAUCAUGAGCAUGUCGACUAUGUCGAAGAAGAUAUAAUCUUAUCUGAACCACUUGUUGAGACUCGAGAGGUUUCUGACAGAGAGCUCGCCGUUGAGGACGAAAUCGCCGACACGGACGCCAAAAAUGUCCCGGCGGGGUCUGCUGGAGGCCCCAACAGGCAAAAGUCGACCAUCGGAGGAGGUACCUUGAGCUGGGGACAAGGAUAUAGCACGCUUCUCGGCAAGGGUCUGCGUGUCGAUGUCGUGGUUCCCCUGACUGAUAACGUCAAAAGAGAUAACCCCACCAUGCUUAACAAGACGAACCCGGCAACCGUCCUUAACGAGACGAACCCGGUAACCGCCUAUAACUUUACGGCCCCUAGCGCUAACCUGACAGGGGUCGUCAAUCUUCUCGAGUACUUUGCCGAACCGGACCCGGACACCAUUUUUGACGACCUUCCCGACGUGGCUCCAGAGGAGGUUGCUGAAGAGAACGGGAAGCGUGCGGUUGUUAACAUUCCCGGCUGCACAGGCAAGAUCCACACUCAUUUCAAGCUGACUGAGGACUAUGACUCCUAUAUGCACGCGCUAGAUGUAAGCGCGUCCUUGGCCAUCUCUGGUUGGGGCCAGUCGGCAGCGAUUUCGGGAAACUAUCUUGAUCAAGCAAAGGCAAGUAUGAGCAACGAUGCUUUAACCUUUGUUGCUACUAUUGAAAUUGAAAAGCAGCAAGACUAUCAGAAUGGACACUUUGAUGCCGCGAGCUAUACUCCAGAUCAGUUCUAUAAAACCCAUGGAGACAGAUGGAUCAAAGGCUAUAAACGAGGCGGCAAACUGAUGGCUCGACUGAUUUUCAGGGCCAAAGACAGCAGCAAGACAAAGGAGGUCAAAGCCCAUGCGGAAGCUGCCCUGCGAUUCUGGGGCGUCAGCGGCGAUAUCAGCGUUUCAGUCAAGGAUAGCAUGGAGCAAGUGGACAAGCAUGCCGACGUCGAUAUCACCAUGUUUCAGGAAGGCAAUCUGGGAACAUUCAUGACCAACACCGACGGCGCCGUGUCUGAAAAGUCUAGCCUUGGCUCCGCGUCUGGAUCGUUUAAGCAAGUCAAGGAGUGGGCCGAUAAGUUUAUGCAGCAUGCUUGUGAUCACAACUUUGCCUACCGACCUGUGUUGGAGGAAUAUAACACUCUCCCCGGUUUCCCGGCAAACCAGCGCGUUCACGACUAUGGUACUGUACGCAUAAUGUCUAAUCGUAUCUUGCGGGAAUUGGUCAAAUUGUCGGAGCUCGUCACCACUAUCACUCGUCAUCUUGAAGAUUUAGGAGGCUAUGAUGAGAAAAUAUUUGAUAUGCAUUUUGAGUUUUUAGAUGAUAUUGUGACUGGGAGCAAGGAAUGGGUCGAGCAAGCUGCAGAAAAUCCGAGGGACGCGAGAUCGAGGGCAAAAUCCUUGAUGUCGAAAUUUCGAAAGUUCAACUUGACUUGGAAAGACUAUCUCAGCCCAUAUGCUGCUUUGCUUGAUUGA